GCGCGCGGCCUGCCGUUGGCGGCCUGGUCCGCCACGCUCGGCGCCCACGCGCCCCCGAGGUGGGGUCCAAGCCCCCGGGAAGAUGGUGUCCUGGAUCAUCUCCAGAGCCGUGGUGUUGGUGUUUGGAAUGCUUUAUCCUGCAUAUUAUUCAUACAAAGCUGUGAAAACAAAAAAUGUGAAGGAAUAUGUUCGAUGGAUGAUGUACUGGAUUGUCUUUGCUCUCUAUACUGUGAUUGAAACAGUAGCAGAUCAGACAGUUGCUUGGUUCCCUCUGUACUAUGAGCUUAAGAUUGCUUUUGUCAUAUGGCUGCUCUCUCCCUAUACCAAAGGAGCAAGUUUAAUAUAUAGAAAAUUCCUUCAUCCACUACUUUCUUCAAAGGAAAGGGAGAUUGAUGAUUAUAUUGUACAAGCAAAGGAACGAGGCUAUGAGACUAUGGUAAACUUUGGGCGGCAAGGUUUAAAUUUAGCAGCUACUGCUGCUGUCACUGCAGCGGUGAAGAGCCAAGGAGCAAUAACUGAACGUUUACGAAGUUUCAGUAUGCAUGACCUAACAGCUAUCCAAGGUGAUGAGCCUGUGGGACAAAGACCAUACCAACCUCUCCCAGAAACAAAAAAGAAAAGUAAACCAGCCUCCGGUGAAUCACCAGAUCCCAAACUUGGCUACUGUCUCCUCAGUCCCUGGACUUUUAUCAUUUCUGGCCUGUUGUACUGCAGUAACCUCCCUGCUUCCAGUCUCAUCCACUUCUGAUUCAUUCUCCAAAGUGAAAGACUCUUUUAGAGAACCAAAAUCGAAUCAUGUAACCCUCCGAUUAAAAUGCUUCAGUGCCCCCUCCCCGUUGUUCUCUGAAGCCCAAGCUCAAUAGCAUGUGGUAUAUUAGCUCCCCAGCCUUGGCAUCCCUCUCCUUCACGUGCUCGGUGUAUAGAAUCAUGAGUCUUUCAGGAUUCGGCUUAGCCACCACCUCCUACGAGAAGUCUUCUCUUACCACCCACAUCCCCUACUGUGUGCUCCUGUAGCACCUUGUCCUUGUCUUUUAUUUACAGCAUUUAUUACAGUAUUGUUCUGCCCACUAGACUCUGUCUCCUCUACUGAACUGUAUAUUUCUUAGGGUAGAAGAAGACAGUUGUGUGUUUUUCAACAUAGUAUCCCCCAUAAUUCAGUACACUGCCUCACACAUAGUAAUAUUUUUAAAAUAUCAAUACUUGUGGAAUAACAAAUCAAUCCAUCACUUUUCCUGAAACAAUAUUUAGAAAACUAAGAUUUUUUUUAGUUGAAAUUAGGAAACAAAGAAUAAGAUGUAUAUAUAAUUAUCAUUUUGAAUGCAAUACCAAUUCCUAAUCACGUAAAGUGAGAGGCAAUUGAAAUAGCAAGGGCCUUGUUUGUUGAAAUGUAACCUUAUGCUUCAUCUGUGGCCUUAGAGAACUUUUUGAGCACAGUUGCUUCUUUUCUGAUUCUUUCCUUGAUUCCUUAUUCUGUGUUUUACCUUAGUUUUAUUAUAUUGGGAUUAGGGGUAUUAUAUAAGCAACAGCAAUAGAGAAAAAUCUACAAAUGGCAAUCCAAAAAUAUUUUUUCUGGUUUAUAUUCCCCAUUUAUAGAAGUAGUACAAUGUUUUAAAUAAAAAUUUGGCAACUUUUAAAAAAGGAAAAAUUAAGAAAUUUAAAAUCACUUAAAAGCCCACUUCCAACAGAUGUAAUGGUUUCAUUUUUAUGUUUUUCAACACUUUGUUUCAUUACAUACUUUUUUUCCACUUAAUAUUGCACCAAGAGGGUUUUCCCAGGACUACUGACCCCAUUCCCUCCCUUGGCCACACUGACCUCCUCACAGCUCUUCCACACAGUUAUGCUUCCUAGUGCCCCGGGGCCUUUGCACAUGCUGUCAUGUCUACCUAGAACAAACUUCCUCCGACUGCUUCAGGAAAGCAAAGAAUCUUGACCUAUGUAAUGACUGAUUCUACUUCCAAAUCCUUUCCUGAUUUCUAGCCUAGAAGUCUGGCAGCAUGAACCUGUACUUCCUUAAUAUACAAUUAAAGAUGUUUAUCUUAUUAUGAGACCAGGAAGCUUUUUUUAACAUUAAUUUUUAUAGGAGUAUGGUUGCUUUACAAUGUUAUGUUAGCCUCCACUGCACAACAAAAUCAAAAUAAAUCAGCUAUACACAGACAGAUAUCCCCUCCCUUUUGGACUUUCCUCCCAUUUAGGUUACCAUGGUGCAUUAGGUAGAGUUCCCUGUGCUAUACAGUAUGUUCCCAUCAGAGACGAAGAAGCUUAAUUAUAACUCUUCAUGGUUUGCUUAGUGAUGCUCAAGUUAUUCACGUCCUGUGAGAGCAGAUCAAGAAACAAUUAUUCAGUAUACUUUUCUUCACAUGCAAGAAGUCCAUCUCUUGCCCCCUCCUGAGCCUGGAAAACCUGCUACUUUUUUCUCAUCUGAAGAAGGUAUCUAUGAUCCUUACCUUUAUUGAAGGAGAAUUUGAAACAUAAUGGGGCCU